AUGACUAAAAUCUUUGCUGUUUAUUGUCCGACCUGUGAAACUGAAACACCUAUUAGCACUAAAAAUAAAGAAGUGUUAAGUGAGAUGAAAGCUAAAAUUAUAAAUAUGGAGAAAAGGGAAUGUUUAAAUUGUAAGCAACAACCUGAAAAGUAUUAUGCUGUUUCUGGUUCUACUGAAAUAUAUUGUUGGAGUUGUUUAAACCAAGUGUUGGAACAAAACAAACAAAGAAUAUUUUUAGAAGUAUUCAACGGAGCAACAUUAGGAAAAAGCAUUUGUCCUUGGUGCUUCAAAGCAAUAACAAGUCUUUUUGGUGGUAAGAAAGAUGACAAGAAAGAAGGUGAUGGAGGAGGUGAUUUAAAAAAUAUUCUGACCAAAGAAAAAUAUGAGAAAAUGUUGACUAAUCCAUUUUAUAUUCGUUUUGAACAUAGUGAAGCAUUAUAUAAUAAUCUAGCCAAUAACAACAAUACUUCUCCUAUUCAGAACAUUCAAAAUCGUUUUAGUGCUUUUAAGCAAUGUAUUAAAAAAAGAUAUUUACUCCAUGAAGACCAACAAAGAAAAGAAGAGCAAGAGCAGUAUGAAUCAUAUACUGAAACUCCCCCCACUCCGCCAAAAAACAAUUAA